AUGAGUUCGAUUCAUUUAUUGAGAAAAGAAAUACUAUCAGGAUAUAAUGGUGCAAUGUAUCAGCGAAUAUUGAGUAGAAAUUUUUCAAGAAUAGCGUAUAUACAAAAAGUAAGGUAUCCUUUGAGACCACAAUUGCAUGGAAAUAUAAAUAGAAAUACAAUCAAUUAUCAAUUAAUAAAUUCAAUACGUUACCUAUCAACUGCUACACAAGAUAAAAAACAGACUGAAGCUGCCGAAGAUUUGAAAAAGUCUGUCAAGGAGAAAGAUAUUUUUCCAAAGGAAGAUACACCUAUUGAAACUCAAGCACUUGAAACUUUAGAUAAUUCUCCAGCAAACGCUCUUGUACAUAAAGAUGAGAAUUCUAAAGAAGUUAAAUCUAAAAAAACACUUUGGGAAAAAGUGAAACAUGAAGCUCAACAUUAUUGGGCAGGUACAAAAUUAUUAGGAUAUGAAGUUAAAGUUUCAACUAAAUUAUUAGUGAAAUUAAUGGCCGGAUACGGGUUAAGUAGAAGAGAAUCAAAUCAAUUGCAAAGGACUAUAGUAGAUGUUGUAAGAUUAGUUCCAUUUGCUAUGUUCCUUAUAAUUCCAUUUGCAGAAUUAUUAUUACCGGUUGCAUUAAAAGUAUUUCCAAAUUUAUUACCAUCAACAUAUGAAUCAAAAACUGAUCGUCAAAAGAAGAAAGCUAAAUUAAAAAAGACAAGAAAUGCAGCAAGUGAAUAUAUAAAACAAACAAUGGAACAAUCAGGUUUAAAAUUAUCUAAAAAAAUUACCGAUGCUGAAAGAGAAAACUUCGUACAAUUUUUCCAUGCUAUAUCUAUGGGUAAAAAUCCAACUAGAGAUCAAUUGAUUCAAGUUGCAAGAUUAUUUAAAAACGAUCAAGUUUUAGAUAAUUUAAGUAGACAUCAAUUAGUGGCCAUGUGUAAAUAUAUGUCUUUAAGACCUUUUGGAACAGAUUCUAUUUUGAGAUAUCAAAUCAGACAUAGACUUUUAACAAUUAUUAAAGAUGACAAAGCCAUUGAUUAUGAAGGUGUUGAUUCAUUGACCAUUCCAGAAUUACAAAUAGCUUGUUCUCAAAGAGGUAUUAAAACUAGUGAUGUAUCUCCAGGAAGAUUAAGAGACGAUUUAGAAACUUGGUUAGAUUUAAGAUUAAGACAAAAAAUUCCAUCUACAUUAUUGAUCUUGAGUAGUGCUUACACUUAUGGUGAUAAAGAUCAUGGUGCAGAAACUUAUUAUGACGCUUUAUUGGCUGUCUUAUCAUCAAUUCCUGAUGAAGUUUAUAAUGUUGCUAAAUUGGAACUAUCUGAUGAUUCUAAAUUGAAAUUAAAUAUCUUGAAAGAACAAGAUGAAAUGAUUGAAGAAGAAAAUGAAAGAGAGAAAGAUACAGUUAAUAAAGUUAAAGAUGAUAUUAAUUUGGAUGAAUAUGAAGAUACCGCAAGUGGUGGUGUAAAUUAUGAACAAGAUCCAGAAGAAAAAGAAUUGGAGAAAGGUUUGGAAAAAGGAGAAAAAGAAAUAAAAGAGGAACAUGAUGCAAACCAGGAGAAAAAUUCAUCUGAUGAUGAUGGUAAAAAAUUAGUCCAUAACAAAGCUACUGAAGAUCCAACUUCACAAGUUAGAUCGGAAUUAGCAAAAGAAGAAGAAACAGUGAAACAUGAAGAUGAGAAAUUAAAAAAUGAUAAAGCUACUUGA